AUGAUCGAUAGAGAAACUGUCGACUUGAGUAUACCUUUACCGAAGUUAUCGACUGAAGACUAUCUUGUUUUUACGGGUCUCCUAGCGAUCUCGGCAUUUAUAGGACUCUUUUACGCGUUCAUAGACUCGAGGAAAAAUGAAAAUGAGUCGACUAACAAGUUCGAUUCUGAUGAAGAUGCCUAUCUCGUCGGCAAUCGCUCUAUGUCAUCGUUUCCUGUGGCUUUAUCCUUGACAGCUUCGUUUAUGUCUUCAAUCACCGUUAUAUCCACACCUGCCGAGAUCUAUUUCUAUGGAACCAUGUUUCUCUGGUUCUGUGUUUCGUAUCUUCUCGUCGCUUUUCUUACCUCUCGAAUCUACAUGCCGUUCUUUUACCGCCAAGGAUUCACAAGCACCUACCAGUAUAUCGAGAAACGAUUCGACAGGCAAUUCAAGCUGAUUCUUUGCGCUGUCUACACUUUUAACUCUGUCGUUUAUGCUGGAAUCGUUGUUUAUGCUCCUGCCUUCGCCAUCGAAAAGGUCUGCAAUGUUCCAAAGAAUCAAGCGAUCGCUAUUAUGGGAGUCGUUUGCUGCAUCUAUACUUCUCUGGGCGGCAUCAAGGCUGUCAUAUGGACGGAUGUUGUCCAGUAUAUUUCCAUGUACGCCGGUUUCCUCGCGCUUAUUUGGAAAGGCUGCAAAGACAUGGGUGUUGAUUUCAUCUACAAUACAGCUCUUGACAAUGAUCGACUUGUAUUCGAUGAUUUUUCGAUGGAUCCGCGAGUGCGACAUUCUGUUUUCUCGACCGUCUUUGGCGGCACUUUUGGCCUCUGGCUCGGCUUGUAUGGGACGAAUCAAUCGAAUGUCCAAAGAUACAUCUGCUGCAAAUCCGAGAAAACAGCAAGAAAGGCAAUUUGGAUGAACUCUUUUGCACUUAUUGCUAUAAAUAUUACUGCUGCUUUGACAGGAUUGAUAAUGUUUGCUUAUUAUGUUGGCUGUGAUCCACUAUCAGCCGGUGUAAUCGAUAAAAAAGACCAGCUGGUGCCCUACAUGGUGAUGCAAAAGCUGUCAGAGUACAAGGGGCUUCCUGGCCUCUUCUUAGCUUCAGCCACUUCCGGUACACUCUCGACUGUCUCCAGCGGAAUAAAUGGCUUGUGCGCUGUUCUCAUCGAUGAACUGAAAUCGAGCUUUGGUGUUGUUCGCAAAAAUAGCUAUCUUUGGUCAAGAGUCAUCGUCUUCAUCGCUGGCGUCUUUGUCAUUCUCGCCGCCUAUGGCGCCGAUGCUCUUGGCAACACUGUUCUUCAGGCGUCAAUGAGUGUUAAUGGAAUCGUUGCAGGACCAACCUUGGGGUUGUUUUCUUUGGGAAUGUUCUGCCCGUGGGUUUCCAAGACUCCCGCGAAAAUUGGCUAUUUUACGGGACUCGGGCUUGCGAUUGCUUUUUAUGUGAUGAGCAAUCCUACUGAUGAGUUUACGAAGCCAUUAGAAGUGAAUACGAUGCAGUGUUUCAAUCAAUCCUCACUACCUGAAUCUUCUCCUGCGUCUUACUUAUCCGAAGACCAAAGUUCUUUCCAAAUUUCUUACGUUUUUCUGUCGACAACAGGUCUUUUCGCCACUAUUAUUGCUGCUUUGAUGAGUUCCUUCCUUUUCCCAAUUCCUCCACAAGAUCAAAGAGCGCGAUCGCUCUACUCCACAUUACUCUGGGACGUUCCUUACUUUGAGGCGUUCUUCUCUGACGAAUCUGACUCGCAAAAAGAGAAGCUCUUUGACAGCUCAUCUUCUAGUAUUUGA